AUGCCUACUGCAGCGGAGUUGAAACCGAAUGACUCGGACCGUUCCUCGCAAGCAGGAUUCCGCAGAGUAAAUACAGCGAUUGAUGGUGCGAAUAUAAAUGCUGGUGCAGCCCAGUCUAAUCUUCAUGAGCAUUCUUUUACGUCGCAUCCGUUACCAAUCCUCGGGUCACAAAUCCAUUCAGGUGCUGAUUUCAGCCAUGUUGCUCAAAUUCUAACUCCCAAGUCACCUACAAUCCAAAGUAUUCAGUUAAAAAAUGGACAGUUCAAAGUUGAUGAAUCUUUUUUUGAUGAUACUAAAGCAUCGAGUUAUUUUAUUCCUCCCGAUGACAUGAAGCAGAACUGGACAGUCUUUUCGAAAAAGAGCACAGAUUUAGAAGUACAUAACAUAAAUGUGGAUUUAGGCGCCCGGACAAAGCAGACGAGACCUGGAUCUGAUCUGAAACAAACGAGGACGUUGUCCAGAAAGCUAGAAACCUCGCCUGCUAAGAAACAAAACUUGCUUGAAUUGUUGGAAUGUGAGCCAGGUAAAGGGAAGUUGAUAAACAAGUUUUUGGUAUUUCAAGACUACACACUGGAACCUAACGACAUGAAACAGAUAGAAGAGACGUGGGUACGAGAGUUGAAACAAAGAGAAGAAAGUAUCGACAGAAUGGUCAUUCUAGGAACUUCAAAAGAUUCAAUAGUUCUAGGUCCCAGUGAUGGCGAGUAG